CGGCGCGGUGUCCGGGCUCCGCGACGGGCUGAGGGCCAUGGCCGCCUCUCCGGGCCCGGCCGGCGGUGCCGCCGCCGGGGCAGUGCACGGCUCCGGCCCGUUUGGCCUCGCCUUCGACUCCGGACUCGAGAUCAAAACUCGCUCGGUGGAGCAGACGCUGCUCCCGCUGGUUUCUCAGAUCACCACACUUAUUAAUCAUAAAGAUAAUACCAAAAAGUCUGAUAAAACUCUGCAAGCAAUUCAGCGUGUAGGACAAGCCGUCAACUUGGCAGUUGGAAGAUUUGUUAAAGUAGGGGAAGCUAUAGCCAAUGAAAACUGGGACUUGAAAGAAGAAAUAAAUAUUGCCUGUAUUGAAGCUAAACAAGCAGGAGAAACAAUUGCAGCGCUUACAGAUAUGAGCAGCUUGAAUCGUCCAGAAUCUGAUGACCAGAUCACAAUUUUUACAGAUAAAACAGGAGUUAUAAAGGCUGCAAGAUUACUUCUUUCUUCAGUGACAAAAGUGUUGUUGCUGGCAGACCGAGUAGUCAUUAAGCAGAUAAUAAGGUCAAGAAAUAAGGUUCUUGCAACUAUGGAAAGACUGGAGAAAGUGAACAGCUUUCAAGAGUUUGUCCAAAUAUUCAGUCAAUUUGGAAAUGAAAUGGUGGAGUUUGCACAUCUUACUGGAGAUAGACAAAAUGAUUUGAAAGAUGAAAAGAAAAAGGCAAAAAUGGCAGCAGCUAGGGCAGUUCUUGAAAAGUGUACAAUGAUGCUUCUCACAGCUUCAAAGACGUGUCUCAGGCAUCCCAACUGUGAAUCAGCCCAUAAAAACAAAGAAGGAGUAUUUGACAGAAUGAAAGUGGCAUUGGAUAAGGUAAUUGAAAUUGUGACCGAAUGCAAACCAAAUGGAGAGACUGACAUUUCAUCUAUCAGUAUUUUUACUGGAAUUAAGGAAUUCAAGAUGAAUAUUGAAAGUCUUCGGGAGAAUCUUUAUUUUCAGUCCAAAGAGACUCUCUCUGCGAUGCUGGACGCCCUCUUGGAGCGCACAGAGGACUUUACUGAUUGUGCCUAUACCAGCCACGAGCACAGGGAACGCAUCUUGGAACUGUCAGCUCAGGCCAGGAUGGAACUGCAGCAGUUAAUUUCUGUGUGGAUUGAAGCUCAAAGCAAGAAAACAAAGAGCAUCGAUGAAGAACUGGAACUCGCUAUAUUGAAAAUCAGUCACAGCCUCAAUGAACUUAAGAAAGAACUUCAUAGUACAGCAGCUCAGCUGGCAGCAGAUCUGGUAAAAUACCACGCUGAUCAUGUGGUUCUCAAAGCAUUAAAGCUUACUGGAGUAGAAGGAAAUUUAGAAGGUUUGGCUGAAUAUGCCUGCAAACUCUCUGAACAGAAAGAGCGGCUUGUUGAGACCUGUCGAUUGUUGAGGCAUGUGUCUGGGACAGAACCUCUUGAAAUAACCUGUAUACAUGCAGAGGAGACAUUUCAGGUGACUGGCCAGCAGAUAAUUUCUGCUGCUGAAACUUUGACAUUGCAUCCAUCUAGUAAAAUUGCUAAAGAAAAUUUAGAUGUAUUCUGUGAAGCCUGGGAAUCCCAAAUUAGUGACAUGUUAACACUGCUGAGAGAAAUCAAUGAUGUGUUUGAAGGAAGACGAGGAGAGAAGUAUGGCUACCUUUCACUUCCAAAGCCAAUGAAGAAUAACGCAAACCUGAAAUCAUUAAAGCCAGACAAGCCUGACUCUGAGGAGCAAGCCAAGAUAGCAAAGCUUGGACUCAAGCUGGGUUUGCUCACCUCUGAUGCCAACUGCGAGAUUGAGAAGUGGGAGGAUCAGGAGAACGAGAUUGUUCGAUAUGGACGGAACAUGUCCAGUAUGGCCUAUUCUCUGUAUUUAUUUACUAGGGGAGAGGGGCCAAUAAAAACUUCCCAGGAUUUAAUUCAUCAACUAGAGGGAAGGGAUUUCAGCUUGAGAGGGUGAUUGUCAACAGAGUCAGAAGAAUUAUAGAAAAUACUUCAUUCGGAAUUUUCUGUAACGUUGACUAUAAGUGAGCUAUUUCCCUUUUUAAAAAGUUGGGAGAAAUUCUGGAUUCAUUUUGUUCAGUUUGACCCAUAUCCAUUCCAAGUCACACCACACCAUAGAGAGUAUUUCACUGUAAAAGAUCCACUACUCACCUUCUUCCUGUGUUAGCUUAUUCAUUGAACCAACAUCUGCUGAUUGUCUACAUAAAAUGUUCAUCACAUAUUCAUUGAGUUUGUACUGUGUGUCAAACCCUGGGGAUAAGAGCUUUGGAGAAGAGUGAACAAAAGAAAGUCCCCACCCCAUGGAGCUUACAUUCUAGUGGGAGCAAAUAGACAAUGAAAAGUUAAAUAUAUAAUGCCCAUAUAUAAGUACGGAGAGAUAAAAUCCUGUAGGAUAAGAAGAGAGGUGAUAGAAGGGGGGUGGUCAGGAAAGACCUCUUUAAGGAAGUAACAUCUGAGUGGAGUAGAGUGUUGAGAGAGCGAGCUAGAUGGAUAUCUUGGGGUCGAAUAGUUCAGGCAGACAGAACAAGUGCAAAGGCCCUGAGGUGUAGGGGUAGGCUGGAGUGUCUGAAGAACAACAAGGAGACAAGCGUGGGUGAAAUGUAGUGAGCCAGAAGGAAGGUGGUAACAUAUGACAUCUCUGAGCCAUGGGAAGAACCUUGAUUUUUUUUUUUUUUUCCAAGAAUGAUGGAAAACCCAUUGAGGGUUUUGAGGAGCAAUGGCAUGACCUGGCUUCUGUUUUAAAAGGUUUUGGGCUUGACCAACAGGGUAAAUGGUAACACCAUUUACUGAGCGAGAGAACAGAGGGACAACACCGAAUUUAGAGGGAGAGAAUGAAGCAUUUUAUUUUGCCGAAGUAGGAUGAACAGGAGUGGUGACAGGUUAGGUCAAGAAUGGACAGAGAGAUUUGGGAGUCAUCAGCUUUAAGGUGGUUUUAAAACCAUGGUACUCUGUGAGACAGGGAUCUUGCCCCCAAGGGGUUUGCAGGCUAGAAGGGAAGAGAAGAUGUGUACAGAGAAAGUGGGAAUGUGGAAUGAUGAGGAACAUGUGGGUAAGUGAGUCAUUCCGUUUGGUUAGAAGGUAUGUUUAAAACGCACUGGUUUCCCUUUUAAAGGAUAGGGAAGGAUGCUAAGGACUAUUUGACCUUGAGAUCAGGUUAUCCAAUGACAGCAAGGCUGUUGGAAAGAGAAUUAAAGUUAACCCUGAAAUUAUUUGCCUCCCUGUUCUGCAUCUUCAUAUGCUUUAUCUAAUUUAUUACCAAGAUCUAUUAUUUUCCUCACAAAUCACUCUCAAAUCUGCCCUGUUCUUUUCAUUCUUCCUGCUGCCACCUAAAGCUCAGUCUUCACUUCCCUGGUAUCUCUCACUCUAAAACAUUCUGUGUACCAUUUAAAAAUAAUCAUCCCGAAUAUUCUAAAGUAUUUUUCAGUAUUCUUUCCCGUCAUCCUCUUCUCCUCACUAAAUUGUACAAUGUACGGGGAAUAGGGAAAAAAUAAUCCCCUCAAAUGGCUAGUUGAAGAAUGUGUAUAGGUGACACAUUCUAUCUUGCUGAGCUGGAAGCAGGAAUGUUCUAACGCUUUUGACCUCAUCUAACCCUUUUGACCCCGUGUUCCAAGAUUCAACACCCUCU